AUGGGCCUCUCAGGCCGGCUGCUACUGUGGCUCGGAGCUGCGGGACUAGCGGACCGGACCCAAGUCCUCUCGGUGAGCUCCGGGCUCCUCCCCUUUCUUUUGCUCACGAUCCCCAGUCCCGCAGCCCCGGCCAGGACCUCGAGGACCCUUUCCUCCUGCCUCAGGCACCGAGGGCCCUUGGCUGUUCUCCACCUGCGGGGCCAGCGGCCGGCGGGGGCCCACACAAGCACAGUGCGACAGGGCGUACGCGGGGCACAGCGCGGUGGUGUCGGUGGGGGACUCCGGGCCGCUCCGAGGCGUGCAGCUGUGGCGGGUGCCAAGCCCAGGGCAUUAUCUGAUCUCAGCCUACGGAGCCGCGGGCGGCAAAGGCGCCCAGAGCCACCUGCCGCGGGCGCGCGGUGUCUUCGUGUCGGCGGUCUUCUCCUUCGACCGUGGGGAGACGCUGUUCAUCCUGGUGGGACAGCAGGGGGCGGACGCCUGCCCCGGGGUGGCGGGGGCGGCUGGACAUCGCGCGCCCCCUCCCCGCAGGCCGGGCGCUCGCUGCACGAGGGAGCCGAAGGGGGCCAGGGCUGCUCGGAGGCCUGGGCCACGCUUAGCUGGGCCGCGGCCGGCGGCUUCGGGGGCGGCGGCGGGGCCUGCACUGCGGGUGGCGGAGGCGGCGGCUACCGGGGAGGUGAUGCCUCAUCAACGGACAUCCCCUGGGCUGACGGGGAAGAUGGGGUGUCCUUUGUACACCCCAACAGCGAGCUGUACCUGCAGCCUCUAGCAGUCAUGGAGAGCCAUGGAGAAGUAGAGAUCCGAAGACAUCCCAACUGCAGCCAUUGUCCUUUGAAAGACUGCCAGUGGCAGGCAGAGCUCCAGCUGGCUGCAUGUGUGUGCCCAGAGGGCAUGAGGCUAGCUGCGGAUAACAUCACUUGCACUGACCUGCCCAGGCCUCCAAGCCCUGUGGUUCUGAUGGUGGCUGUGAUAGCAACCUUGACACUGAGCCUCCUCAUGGUUUGCGGGGCCCUGAUCUUAGUGAGCCAGAAGAAGUGGCAGGGCCUGUGGGGGACAAGGCUGCCGGACACUGAGCUUGAGCUGAGCAAGCUUCGAACCUGCGCCCUCAGGACAGCCCCCAAUUCCUAUUACUGCCAGGUGGGGCUUGGCCCAGCCCAGUCCUGGCCUUUUGGGCUCCCUGAGGUUUCCCCAGCCAAUGUCACUCUGCUCAGUGCGCUGGGCCGUGGUGCCUUUGGGGAGGUGUACCAGGGACUGGUAACUGGCCUUCCUGGGGAACCCAGCCCCCUGAGGGUGGCUGUCAAGGCUCUGCGGAAACUCUGCUCUCCUCGGGAGGAGCUAGACUUCCUCAUGGAGGUGCACAUCAUCAGCAAGCUCAGCCACCAGAACAUCGUGCGCUGCGUGGGGCUCAGCUUCCAGGCUGUGCCUCGCCUCAUUCUUCUAGAGCUGAUGUCUGGAGGGGACAUGAAGACUUUCCUGAUGGAGAGCCGGCCUCAUUUGGGCAAACCAUCACCUCUGGCCAUGCAGGAUCUCCUGCAGCUGGCCCAGGACAUAGCCCAGGGGUGCCACUACCUGGAGGAGAAUCACUUCAUUCACAGGGACAUUGCUGCCCGGAACUGCCUGCUGAGCUGCACUGGGCCUGGCCGAGUGGCCAAGAUUGGGGACUUUGGGAUGGCCAGAAAUAUCUACCGGGACAGUUACUACCGCAGGGCUGGCCCGGCCUUCCUUCCAGUGAAGUGGAUGCCCCCCGAAGCCCUUCUGGAGGGCAUCUUCACAUCCAAGACAGACUCCUGGUCUUUUGGGGUACUGCUCUGGGAGAUCUUCUCACUGGGGUACAUGCCCUAUCCUGGGCGCACCAACCUAGAGGUGCUGGACUUCGUUGUUGCAGGGAGCCGGAUGGACCCUCCUCAGGGCUGCCCCAGGCCUGUGUACCGCAUCAUGACCCAGUGCUGGCAGCAUCGACCUGAGCUCCGCCCCAACUUCGCCAGCAUCUUGCAGCACCUCCAGUAUUGCACUCAGGACCCUGAUGUGCUGAAUUCACCCCUGUCGAUGACUCUGGGGCCCGCUCUGGAGGAGGAAGGGGCUUCUGGGCUGGGGAAUAGGUCUUUGGAGGGUCCCAUGUUCCCACAACCCCAGAGCCAGAGUCCAAAAAUCCAGAAAAGCUUGGCAGGAAGCCAUCUUGGCCGCUGGCUGUCCUCUGGCCUCAAGCCCCUCAAACCCAGAGGUCUUCAACCUCAGAACCUUUGGAAUCCCACCUAUGGUUCCUAGACCCCCAGAGGGCCCUGAAGGUGAGCGCUUGGCAUUGACCUUAGCAAAGGCUCCUCCUGCAUUGCUUCCUGGCUUUCCACAAAGCUUGUUAUUCCAGUAGCCUCUGUCCCCUGCAGCCUUGAGGCAUGCCUGGGCCUGUCUCAGGGUUGUCCGGAUACACUGGACUUUCCUUGCUGGAAACAGCCCCAGGGGUCCCGGAUUCCCCUUUCUCACAAGGCAUUUUCAUCCGGGCAGCUCCGAACCCUGCAGAUGUUUCUAAUAAAAGCUCUUUUCACAUCUGCCA